CCGAAUGCUGCGCGCUUGGUGGCGGCUCGGGCCGGGCGGCCGCCAGCUUAUCCGCGCUGCGUCCCCGACUCGCGGCGGUUCCGCGCGCGGCUAGGUCCUCAGCGUCGGCGCGGCUCGCCACGGCCCCGGCUCUGGGCACCGCGAGAACCGAGCGUCCGGGCCACCGGCCGCCGCCUCCCUGCGCCCGCAGGGCUGGAGGGCGCACAGUGGACCCCUCGCCGCGGUUCAGACCUCGCCGGCGCGCGGUUGGUAGGAGGAGAGGGUUGGAGCUGUUUUCUCCUUGAUGCCAAGAUACGCCAAGCAAGGAAUACUCUUCUCUUGCCACAGUCCUCCACCGAGAACUGGCCUCCAGGACGUGAAGACGGAGACAAGAGCUUUGCUGCCACUCCAGCCACUCCCCACGGUCUGUGGGCGUAGACCGUGCAGGCAACUGAGCACUGCCCCAGAGACGAGCAGGAGGUGGGAGAGAGCAUGGUUUCCCCUGUUGGCCAUCCCCAGCCAUCCUGCUGCUAGCGCCACCCUGGAGAGACACGUGGGGGCUGCUCUGCCCAUGCUCGCCCCGGCCGUGCAGCCAGGGGCCUGCCAGGGCUAGGAGUGGGGCCUGCUGUUCAUGGGUCUCUAGGGAUUUCCAUGAUGCUCGGGAAGAGAGGCUGUGGCUGGUGGCGGGCCCAGCUGCCCCUUUGCCUGCUCCUCAGCCUCUACGGCCCCUGGGUGCCUUCCUCCCUGGGGAAACCCAAAGGCCACCCCCACAUGAACUCCAUCCGCAUAGAUGGGGAUAUCACGCUAGGAGGCCUGUUCCCCGUGCACGGCCGGGGCUCCGAGGGCAAGGCCUGCGGCGAGCUCAAGAAGGAGAAGGGCAUCCACCGGCUGGAGGCCAUGCUCUUUGCUCUGGACCGCAUCAACAAUGACCCGGACCUGCUGCCCAACAUCACGCUGGGCGCCCGCAUCCUGGACACCUGCUCCAGGGACACCCAUGCCCUCGAGCAGUCGCUGACCUUUGUGCAGGCGCUCAUCGAGAAGGACGGCACGGAGGUCCGUUGUGGCAGCGGUGGCCCGCCCAUCAUCACCAAACCUGAGCGCGUGGUGGGUGUCAUCGGUGCUUCAGGGAGCUCGGUCUCCAUUAUGGUGGCCAACAUCCUUCGCCUCUUCAAGAUCCCCCAGAUCAGCUACGCCUCCACAGCCCCCGACCUGAGUGACAACAGCCGCUACGACUUCUUCUCCCGCGUGGUGCCCUCGGACACGUACCAGGCCCAGGCCAUGGUGGACAUUGUCCGUGCCCUCAAGUGGAACUACGUGUCCACGCUGGCCUCGGAGGGCAGCUACGGCGAGAGCGGCGUGGAGGCCUUCAUCCAGAAGUCCCGCGAGGACGGGGGCGUGUGUAUCGCCCAGUCGGUGAAGAUCCCACGGGAGCCCAAAAUGGGAGAAUUCGACAAGAUCAUCCGGCGCCUCCUGGAGACCUCGAAUGCCAGGGCAGUCAUCAUCUUCGCCAAUGAGGAUGACAUCAGGCGUGUGCUGGAGGCGGCACGGAGAGCCAACCAGACGGGCCACUUCUUCUGGAUGGGCUCGGACAGCUGGGGCUCCAAGAUUGCGCCUGUGCUGUACCUGGAGGAGGUGGCCGAGGGUGCUGUCACCAUCCUCCCCAAGAGGAUGUCUGUGCGAGGCUUCGACCGCUACUUCUCCAGCCGCACACUGGACAACAACCGGCGCAACAUCUGGUUUGCCGAGUUCUGGGAGGACAACUUCCACUGCAAGCUGAGCCGCCACGCGCUCAAGAAGGGGAGCCACGUCAAGAAGUGCACCAACCGCGAGCGCAUUGGGCAGGACUCCGCGUACGAGCAGGAGGGGAAGGUGCAGUUUGUGAUUGACGCGGUAUACGCCAUGGGCCACGCGCUGCAUGCCAUGCACCGUGACCUGUGCCCGGGUCGCGUGGGGCUCUGCCCGCGCAUGGACCCUGUGGAUGGCACCCAGCUGCUCAAGUACAUCCGAAGCGUCAACUUCUCAGGCAUCGCGGGGAACCCGGUGACCUUCAAUGAGAAUGGAGACGCGCCCGGGCGCUAUGACAUCUACCAGUACCAGUUGCGCAACGGCUCGGCCGAGUACAAGGUCAUUGGCUCCUGGACCGACCACCUGCACCUCAGAAUAGAGCGGAUGCACUGGCCGGGGAGCAGCCAGCAGCUGCCCCGCUCCAUCUGCAGCCUGCCCUGCCAGCCAGGCGAGCGGAAGAAGACAGUGAAGGGCAUGCCGUGCUGCUGGCACUGCGAGCCCUGCACGGGGUACCAGUACCAGGUAGACCGCUAUACCUGUAAGACGUGUCCCUACGACAUGCGGCCCACGGAGAACCGCACUGGCUGCCGGCCCAUCCCCAUCAUCAAGCUCGAGUGGGACUCGCCCUGGGCCGUGCUGCCCCUCUUCCUGGCCGUGGCGGGCAUCGCUGCGACUGUCUUCGUGGUGGUCACCUUCGUGCGCUACAACGACACGCCCAUCGUCAAGGCCUCCGGGCGCGAGCUCAGCUACGUGCUGCUGGCGGGCAUCUUCCUGUGCUAUGCCACCACCUUCCUCAUGAUUGCCGAGCCCGACCUGGGCACCUGCUCACUGCGCCGUGUCUUCCUGGGGCUGGGCAUGAGCAUCAGCUACGCAGCACUGCUCACCAAGACCAACCGCAUCUACCGCAUCUUCGAGCAGGGCAAGCGGUCGGUCAGCGCCCCGCGCUUCAUCAGCCCCGCCUCGCAGCUGGCCAUCACCUUCAGCCUCAUCUCCCUGCAGCUGCUGGGCAUCUGCGUGUGGUUCGUGGUGGACCCCUCCCACUCGGUGGUGGACUUCCAGGACCAGCGGACGCUCGACCCCCGCUUCGCCAGGGGCGUGCUCAAGUGCGACAUCUCGGACCUGUCGCUCAUCUGCCUGCUGGGCUACAGCAUGCUGCUCAUGGUCACGUGCACCGUGUACGCCAUCAAGACGCGCGGUGUGCCCGAGACCUUCAACGAGGCCAAGCCCAUCGGCUUCACCAUGUACACCACCUGCAUCGUCUGGCUCGCCUUCAUCCCGAUCUUCUUUGGCACCUCGCAGUCGGCCGACAAGCUGUACAUCCAGACGACGACGCUGACGGUCUCGGUGAGUCUGAGCGCCUCGGUGUCCCUGGGGAUGCUCUACAUGCCCAAGGUCUACAUCAUCCUCUUCCACCCGGAGCAGAACGUGCCCAAGCGCAAGCGCAGCCUCAAAGCCGUCGUCACCGCCGCCACCAUGUCCAACAAGUUCACGCAGAAAAGCAGCUUCCGGCCCAACGGCGAGGCCAAGUCCGAGCUCUGCGAGAACCUCGAGGUCCCAGCGCUGGCCACCAAACAGACCUACGUCACCUACACCAACCAUGCAAUCUAGCUCGGCCACUGGAGCCAAUCAGGAGGUGGAGGAGGGACGACCUGAGACCCUUGUGGAUGGUGCAUCGGGCCAGGGUCUCUCCCAAGGUCCCAGCGGAUGUCCUGCCUGUCCGUGGGUGCCCAUGGACAAGGCUUGGUGCUGAGGAUGGCAGAGCCCCCGGUGGUCACUGAUGGGCAGCCUGGGCCAGCUGGGUGGACGGCAGGAGGAGGAUGAGGGGCUGGGGCAGCUUCAGGCCACCCCAAGGGCCUGGGGCUUGGACCAUUGCCCCCUCCUGGCCCCAAAUAACAGGGGCUUAGGUUGUGUGGGCCCCAGCACUGGUUUUCUCUCUCCCUCCCUCCUCCUUCUGUCCAAUUGGUGACUUAAUCUGUCUCCGUGCCUGUCUUUAUUUUCUCUUAUCUCUUAGCAUCUCCACUAUUUAUCUCACCCUGUCUCCGUCUGUCUGCACUCUUGCUUUUUCUGUAUCUUCUUUCUGACUCUUGCCUCUGCUUCCUCUCCCUUGUCCACACUCCAUCCCCAGUCUCUUGUUUUUCUCUUGUGCUCCAUCAAUG